CGCCCCCCAAGCGGCGCCGGCGCGUGCGCGCGUGCGCGCGGCGCGCGCGCGGCGGGCGCGCGGAGCCGCCCCGCCAAGCCCGCGAAUGGCCGGCCGGCGGGCGCUCGCGCUGUUCGGCCCGCCCGGGUCGGGCAAGAGCACCCACGGCGCCAGGAUCUGCGAGCUCCUCGGGCUCGGGCGCGCCUCCAUGGGCGACCUGCUGCGCGGGGCGUGCGCCACGGCGGGGGAGGUCGUGCGUGGUGGCCCUGCUCUCGCGUCGUGGCAGCGAGGAGGAUUUUGGGAGGCUUUUUUUGGCAGCUUUCGGCCUCUGGGGGUCCUCGCUGAUGGGCGGCGAGCCAGGGGGGGGAAGCGAGGAGGGGCGUGCCUUCUCGGAAGGCUCGGAAGUCCCCCGGCCUGCUGAGAAGUUUCCUGAGCCUGCCCCGAAGACAGGAAGAACUUCUCGGACUGCCAGAGGCCUUCUGAGAAGUCCCGCCGCCUUCUGAGAAGGCCUUCUCCUUCUCCUUUCCCCCCCUCGCUCGCCGCCGAGUUGAGCCUCGGGACCGCAAGAAGACGACUCGGGAUGAGAAGCUGGCACCUGGGGAAAAAAAGGUCGGGACGUCGUGGUGUGCCCCGCAUGGACCAGCAUCGAGGCAUCGCACCCUGAGAUCCGUCGGCGCGAAGAACAUGGAACAUCGUAAAGAACAGGACCACCAGUGCCCUGGCAUCCUUCUGUGGCAUUUCUCGAGCCGGAUCGAUCUGUCAGGGUCCAGGGGCCCGAAAUUAAGCGAAAUCGCCCGUCUCGACAAACUGUGAGACGCCAGGGUGUCAGAGCAUGGUCUGGGAGAGGUUGCAGCCACUAUCCAGCGGGGUGGCCUGGUCAGCGACCCCGUGGUGCUCGGAUGCUUCAAGGAGUGGCUGGGGCGGCAGGGCCCCGGCGCCGGCGUGCUGCUGGACGGGCUGCCGCGCACCGCCGACCAGGCCCGCGCGCUGGACGCGCUGCUAGCGGCGGAGGGCAGCCGUGUCGAGGCCGUGGUGGUGCUGGAGACCCCGGACGAGGAGCUCCAGGAGCGCGUGUGCGGCCGGUGGACGCACGGGCCCUCGGGCAGGACCUACCACGCCUUCCGCCCCGGGGCGCAGCCCCGGUCGCUGCGCCUGCGGCCGCCGGGCGAGCGGCCCCUCGCGGAGCACAUGCUCGACGACGUCACCGGAGAGCCGCUCGGCCAGCGCCCGGACGACACGCUGGAGGCCUUCCUGGUCGCCGCGUAGUCCAGGGCGCCCUCGAGGGCGCGAAAUUCGUCGCGCUGCGCGCUUCGCGGUUCGGCUCCGAUUCCUCCUCGUCCUCCUCUUCUCCCCUUGGGGGCGGCGCGAGAGCGCGAAGUUAUUCGCGCUUCGCGCUUCGCGCAGCGCGAAGCGCGAAGCGCGAAGUGAGGCGCCCUUGGUAAUGGGGGGUGAUAAAUGGGG